AUGGCUCAACAAAUUGCAUUGCUUCAAGAACAAACUGCAUUGCUUCGUGCCCAGACUUCUGAACGACAACAGGAGGCCCGUGUGUUCCAGAGUCCGCAACAGAUCCUCGAUUCCAUUGACCCCAGUCUGCGAUCUGAGCUGCAGAAGUGGAGACAUGGUUUCCGCAAGGACUUGGGAGAUUGGGCUACGCACUCCGAGCUUCAUCACAAGUACUCCAAGAUCAUCGGAAACGGUGACAUUAUGAAGCAGUUUCAAGAAGAAAGCAAUCGCAAGUGGCAGUGGCCCAAACAUUACGAAGCAAUUGCAAAGCCAGUGGGUGACAUCGAUGAGGGUUUGGAUGCCGACAUGCAGUAUGACAUCAACGCCGCAUGGCUUUCACUUCGACGCAAGCAUGCACUUGAGUGUCAAAGCUUCAUAGCCGAGCACCAAAAACGUGCAUUCGCUUUCUUCGAGGAGCGUGUGUCUCUUCAGUCUGCAAUGCGAGACGUCUCUGAUUUGUGGACAGAGUGGAAGACACAUAACGCCAGCUUGCUAACGUCACAUGUGAUAGCCCAGGCCGAACGCAGUUGCACACACUUUGUCGACUUGGUACUUCGCGAAGAAGUUCCCAAAGUCAGAAGCCGACUUCAGGAUGCAGAAGCCACUCGCGCUAAGCGGGAAGCAGCUGUGAUCGAAGCCGAGACAAAGUUCGAGCAGAUGGAUCCCCAACAGCUGAUCGCGAUGAUUGAGCUUGACAAGCAGGCAGUCGUGAUGAAACAAGCUGAUGGCACAAAGAUUAAAGAGGUUGUUCUAUGCAAGUCUAGUGAGCUUGCAGCAUUGAUUCGCAAAUACCCCGAAUUGGAGCAACACUUCAGCGUCAAGUUCGUGGAAGUCUACUUCAAAGCCGACCUCGCGCAAGCCAUCAACAUCAUCGAGAAGAGGUUCGUGAGACGUGUCAAGCGCACCUUGUGUGCAAGAUACGUUGAUCGCCAGCCUUCCAGAAACCUCACAUGGUUGGACACCAAAGCACGCCAAUGGCUCAAGAAGCAUCGGCGCUGCAUGAUCAUUGUUGAUGCAGACAAAGGAUUGGGCGACGUAAUGAUGCCAAGGCAAUGGGUAGAAGACGAGAUGCAGCGUUUGCUUGACACAGGAUUUCGAAAGCUCAGUCGCCAGGAGUAUGUUGGCAAGGCGUUUCAGGCAAGAUCUACGCUUGAAUUAGUUGCCGAACGCGCUAAGCAAGCAGGUGUCCUAACAUCACGCGAAGUACAUCUCAUCACCCAGAAUCUCUUCACAGCGGGCGAAGGUUCAUUUCGGCUGCGAGUGAAGUUGCACAAGGUGCCUAUGAAAGGACGUCCGAUUGCGAAUCUUUCACAUUCUUGGCUCACGUCUGCUAGCUUGUAUCUUUGCGACCAGCUGAUGCCAAUACAACAAUCGUUGGACUUCGCGGUUGCAAGCAGCAAUGAGUUUCUCAAACGCAUGCCAAUUCAGGUACCCAGCAACUACGAGAUCGCCACCAUCGACAUUCAAAACCUGUAUCCAAGCAUCAACACUGACGACUUGAUCAUUUCAGUACAACAUUCCGUCAGGCUACACUACGGCGAAAACCAAAAAUCCAGAUUCAUCUGUCAGCUUCUUGAGAUCUUGCUCAGAAACCAGUACGUGACGCACCGUGGGGAAUGUUAUGAAGCAUUUGGCGUCGCUACCGGCAUACCGCCGGGUGUGUUCCUCGCAAAUCUCUAUGUGGGACAAGCUGACAGGAUCGUGUACAAUACCCAUCGCGAUGAAAUUGCUUUCUAUGCUCGCUUAGUCGAUGACUCCGUGGUUUGUGCCGCAUGUGUGGAUGAUGUACACAACACCUUGAGUUCAUGGAAGCCCGAGCUUAAGUGGGACAUUACAAGUCGAGGAGGCCGCUUACAGCAUGGGGAUCACGCUGUCGCUUUUCUCGACCUACAGUUGUCACACAUAGACGGGCGCAUGGAGUGGCAAACCCAUCGCAAAGAGUUGAAUAGUUACUUGUAUGUGCCAGCCGCCAGCUGCCAUCCAAGAUCAGUGUAUGCCAGUACGAUCCGGGGUGAAGUGUGCCGUUUGCUGCGAACCAACAGCAGCAAAACCAACUUGAUCAAGCAUUUGAGGUUCUUCGCAAAGAGGCUCGCAAUGAGAGGUCAUUCUUACAUGGAUGUGUGGCGUUCCAUACAACUUUGUUUGCAGAAUGGCCGAAGAAAGACUCCAGAGAUCAAGAAGUCCAAGAAGUUCUUUAUGUUCAUCAAGUACAGCCGUUCAGUUCCCAGCCAUGUAAUCAACAGCUGCUUGAAGAAGCACGCUAGCGAUUUGCAACGUUGUUUCAAAGAUCCAAUUUCUUUGAGCUUGGCAUAUACCGUACAGCCCAAUGUGUUCAAGCAUCAUUUUGUCGACAAUUGGCUUAUGCCCAGUCGAGACCAGAAUGCGUUUGCAAAGGCCGUUCCCUCCAGCUCCUUCACUCGUUCCAGCACUGUAAUCCCUCCUACAGAUAGCCAGCACGAUCCAGGACUGGCCCAGGACGCUCAAGAGCCUAGAAGGAGAAGGGCCGACGCACCAAGCCAAGAUCGUUCGAUGACGGUAAUCUGUAACUUGGAGUCCCCAGCAUCGGUGAAGACCAUCACAGAAGUCACUGGCAUGGAUCGGAAGACCAUGGCUCGUUGGAAUGAGUUCUGGUCGCGGCUAGCAUACCGCACUAGCAGCGAUCUUGUCCGCUUCGAAAGCAUCGACAACAUCGUGGAGAUUGCGAGCUGCACAGUGGUAGAAGAAUGGCCGAAGCCGCCGGAGCCUUCAGCGCCUUUGUGCUCUUCGAGACUGGCGCAGGCCUUGGCGGCUCCCGCUGCGAAGCGGGCGUGCUGCCGCGAUGCCGAGUUUCACGGCCUGCUUACAAGACCUGACGAAGCCUGCGACUUGAAAGUCAUUUAUGAGAUAUUUGGACGGGAGCUCACAAAGGCCUUGGGUGGUGAUCCCGCCAGUGCGGCGAAGGGCCAGCAAGGCCGUAUGCCGGGCAGCAUUAACGUGAAGCGUGGGCGCGAGAACCACAAGGGAGUGCCGAAAUCGGAAGCCGAGAGACGCAAGAUGUGGCGAAUGCUACCGCAAAAGGUUCGAGUGGCAAUCAGGAGACUUCAUCGGCAGUUCAAUCACCCAGCGCCCAAGACCCUAGUGGCGAUACUCAAGGCCGGAGGUGCAUCGAAGGAGUUCAUCGAGGCAGCCAAGUUAGCGAAGUGUGAUUCGUGCAUCAAAACAUCAGGGAAGCCGAGGCCUCAUCCCGUAGGUUUGGGACACGGAGAGUAUCGAGUGGGAGAUGUUCUGGGGAUUGACGUUCUUGAGAUUUCCGAUUCGGGAAAGCAGAAGUAUCAGUGCGUCAACUUAGUCGACAUGGCAUCAGGUUUUCAGCAGCUUGAAGUGCUUCGACCGGUAGGCGAGCACGCAGGACCACCAAGCGCAGAGUCUUGUUUGGAAGCAGUCCAAAGAUGGGUAACUUGGCUAGGGUUGCCAAGAGUGCUCAUGGCAGACCGUGGCACCCACAAUCGGGGCAUAUUCAACAAGUGGGCAUCAGAGAAAGGAGUUGACAUAAGGUACGCCGCGACCGAGGCCCCAUGGAUGAUUGGGAAAGUAGAAAGGCACGGAGGGCUUGCGAAAGCCGUGGUGAGAAAGGUAGUGCAUGAAGUGGGUACCACAGGGGUUUCAGAGAUCCGAGCAGUGGUUCAAGAAGUCAUCGGAGUCAAGAAUGCAAUGAUGAACACUUCUGGGUACAGUCCAAUGCAGUGGGUUACAGGCCGAAACCCAAGGGAUCCAGGAGCGAUGACCGAUGAGCACGGAUGGCUGGACUUAGGUGCAAUGGAAUCAAAGCACGAUGGGAGCAGCGAGUUCGCAUCACGGCAUCAGGCAAGAAUGGCUGCGAAGAAGGCCAUGAUUCAUUUGGAUUGCAGUCGCAGAGUCCAAGAGGCAUUGACCCGGAAUGCAGCUCCGAUCAAGGAGGAUUACCAGCCAGGUGAUUAUGUCGUGUAUCGGCGGGAUGCUCAGGCUGGUGGAACGAAGUGGAGCAGCGCAUCAAGAGUGAUCGGUAAGGAAGGGUCAGAGUCGAUUUGGGUUAUACACGGUGGAGUGCCGGUAUUGUGCUCAGUUCAUGCCCUACGCCCAGCUACCGAAGAAGAAGUCAUGUCUCAUUGCAUGCUACAGGGGAUCCCGUUGCUACCUACAGAGUUGACAGAGGGACCCAGAGGCAAGAAAGCAUACAUUGACAAGCGUCAAAAGACAGAACCAGCAAAAGCAGCUAAGCAGCCUGACGCGAAGAAGCGGAAACAAGAGGGAGCAGCGUCCAAGGACAUUCCCAUUCCAAGCAGCAGCGAAAGCAGCUCAAGCUCAGAGUCCAGUGAAGAAAGCGAAGGACAAGGGAAUACAGCAAUAGAUAAGACGGGCACAAUCCCGGAACAUCAAGCUGAGCAGAACAACACCGCGCAUGAAGCACAUCAAGCAGAUGAAGAUACAAUGACGGAGUGUGAAAGGCUAGCCAAACAGGCCUUGGAACACGAAGAUUACACUCCGAGAACAUGUUUGCAGGUGUUGAGAGCAUGUCAGUUCCCGAAGAAGAGGAAGCGGGACAUCAAUCAGACCGGUGAGUGCAUGAGCUUUGGAACUUAUGCGCAUGGUCCGUUUUCAGGGGUGACAAAAGCAACAUUGGAGCACCCAUGGCUUGUUCUGUAUGUGAACGAGUACCUACGCGCACGUGGGGCUACGGAGGGGUGGUCCAGCUUCGUGAUUCAUUUGAAUGCAGAGACCCCGAAGCACACGGACAACCACAACAUGCCAGGAUCGGUGAAUCAACUCACCAGCUUAGGACCUCACGAAGGAGGACAGAUAUGGGUUCAAGACCCUGGAGGCCAGUCCAAGCGCAUGGAUUAUGAAGGUCAGGAUGGGAGAAUCCUAGAGUGCAAGCACAGGGUCGUGACAUUCGGACCUGAUCAGGCGCAUGCUACACUUCCUUUUGAAGGUGAGAGAUGGACUAUUUCAGCAUACGCCAGUCGAGGUUUUCCUAAAUUGACACAGCUGGAACACAAGGACCUCGCUGAUCGAGGGUUUAAGGUGGAACCCUUGAAAGCAUUAGCCAGAGCAACAGGGAGUUUGUACAUGACAGCCGAUUGUUCACAGGGAGAACAUCAUCAGGGCGACGUCAAGGUCGUGGACACUCAGACAGAGGAGUCAGUGACGCAAGAGCGCGAUCUUCCCAUGGAAUCAUUGAUGACCCGAGGUAUGACUGAGGAUCAUUGGCGUGUGGCUACGGGAUUCUUCUUCAGGGUGCACAUGAAGCCCAGAACAGGCCUCUACACCCCAAGUGCCGAUGAUUUCCCAGGUGAUAUUAGUCGGGUGAGUCACACAAGGGUAACACACAAAACCUUUUCAGGUGGAAGAACAGAUCAUGUUACCGAUGAGUGGGGAAUGGUUCGCGAAGCAGAUGAGAAUUCAGAUGGACCGUGGACGGGAUUCACAUUGUUCAAGUAUGCUGAUACUGAGGCGGAAUUAUCUUCAUUACCUCAGGCGCCAGUGGAGUCAGCGGAGUAUCAGGCAUUCUUGAGUGACAGAAUACUACCCAAAAAUGAACCGUUCGGUGAAGCAGUGAAUGGUAAGAAGCCGAAGAAGCUUGACAUCAACAGAGUGGAUGAGAAAACAGCCCAAGGGAUUCACGAGGCCCGAGGACAAGAAUGGGAAAAGUACAAACAGUACAAUGCAGCAGUUCCCAUUAUGGGACCAAUGCUAGAAGGCCUACUUCGAGAAGGACACAUCCCUAUCCCAAGCCAGUGGGUAGAUGUCGACAAGAACGAGUUCAAGAAAGGUCGGAGCGACUACCAGCCAAGGUACAGAAGCAGACUGGUUUCGUGCGGGAACUACGAGAACGUCUCCCGAAAUGAGCUAAGGUGUGAUGCGCCCACGGUGGACGCAGAAACCCAUUGUCUGAUCGCAAGUUACGCGGCUUGCCGCAAGAUAAAGCUCAGGUGCGGGGAUAUCUCUUCGGCAUACUUUCAGUCAGAACCGCUGGAAAGAGUAAUCAUCAUGAGGCAGCCGCGAGGAGGAUUGCCAGGUGUGCCGCCAGAAGCUAUGUUGCUGUGUAGGUUGCCGGUGUAUGGCACAAUGGAUGCUGGCAGAGGGUUCUACACACGUCUGUGCAAUGUGUCAUGUGAGGAAGGACUCAGGGUGAGCAAGAUUGCAACUGGAUUGUACUACGUGCUAGGGUCUGACAACCUUCCUGCAGUGCUGCUGGGGACCCAUGUUGAUGACCUGCUUUGGUGUGCGACGCCAGAAGGAGAAGAGAUCAUGGACAAGAUCAUGGCCAGGUUUGACAUGGGGAAGAUUGAGGACACGGAUUUCCGGUAUUGCGGCCGGAGGUUUAGACAGGAUGCCGACUUCAACGUGACCAUCGACACGGAGGACAACACAAGGUCCAUUCGGCACAUCAGUAUCGAUCCGAACCGCAAGGGCACAGAAGCAGCAACGGAACAAGAUGUGACACGGGCAACAGUGGCCGACUUGAGGGAUGCCAACCGAGUGGUGGAUCUAGCCAAGGCGGAUAUGGGAAUCGCAAUGUAUUACCCAGCGGGAAAAUUCUCAUGGCAUGAUGCGUGUGUGGUCAGCUUCUCGGAUGCAAGCCAUGCCGGAGAAGAAGGGCUACGGAGCCAACAAGGCCGAUUCCACUACAUCACAUCGGAGAAGAUGGUGGAUACAAAUGAGCACGACGCGCACAUCAUCGGCUAUGGUUCGACAACCAUUCGCCGGGUAUGUCGAAGCACCCUUCAGGCCGAAACCUAUGCGAUGCAGACUGCGGUCGAGAGUGGUGACCGGCUACGGGCUAUUCUGUGCGAGUUGAGGGGCCAGUUGCCGGUCCUCAAGGAUUGGAUGGAAACCACUCAGAAGGUCAUGAGACAUGAAUGGGUUUCCGAUUGCCGGAGCUUGACAGACCAUUUAAAUUCAUGCCAAGCGAGCAAGGUGACCGAUCGACGACUCGCCAUCGAGCUAGAAUCGAUGCGUCAACAGCUAUGGGAAGGCGAUAGCAAAACCUACACGGUCUACGAUGGCCAUGGUGAUCGCCUUCGCUGGACUGAUACGGCGACACAGCUCGCCGACGCAUUGACAAAGUCGAUGAAGCCAUAUCAGCUUUUCAAGGUAAUGCGUGAAGCCAAGGUUUACCUCAGUGACCCAGAGAAGAAGAUCAAGAAGGGCACACAACAAGGUGACCAGUGA